UGUUCCUGUUGGAGAACAGCUUUUUCCUCCGGUCGCUCAUACCGACCUGCUGCGCCGCUCCUUCGACUUUCUUACUCUUCUUCGGCUCUUCCUCUUCCUCUUCCUCCGCCGUUGUUUUUCCAACGAUGCUCACCUCCUCUUGGUGGCUGCUGCUCGGUCUGUCGAGCGGCGUGCUGCUGCUGGCCGUCAUCAUCUUCCUGACCACACGUCAGCGUUGCAGGGUGUUCAGUGAGAGCUGCCUGAGACCCCCGGGACCCCUGGUCACUGACAGACAACAGAGGGAUGAGAGGCUGAAACAAGGUUUCCGCGCCGACCGAGUUCCCUCCGCUCUGGAUGCAGUGGUGAUCGGGAGUGGUAUCGGAGGACUGACGGCCGCCGCACUUUUGGCCAAAGCCGGGAAGAAGGUUUUGGUUCUGGAGCAGCACGAUCAGGCCGGAGGCUGCACACACACCUUCCAGAACAAGGGCUUUGAGUUUGAUGUUGGCAUCCAUUACCUGGGCCAGCUUCAUGAGAACAGCCUGCUGCGGAUCACCCUGGAUCAGAUCUCAGACGGACAGCUACAGUUCGCUCGUCUGGGACAACACUUUGACACGGUGGUCCUGGGUCAGCCGGAGCAGCGCAGGGAAUAUUACAUCCACGCAGGGAAAACUGAGAUGGCAGCGAGCCUGAAGAAGCAGUUCCCCGGUGAAGAAAAGUCCAUCGAUGAGUUAAUGAGAUUAAUGAAGCUGGUUGCCACACGGACCCCGCUGAUCAGCAUCUUGAAGAUGAUUCCUUAUUGGCUGGUUGACCUGUUAGUGCGUACCGGCCUGUUGGACUGUAUAUCGCCUGUGUUCCGCCUGGCAACAACCAGCCAUUCAGAAAUAAUGUCUCAGAUCACGCAGAACAAGGACCUUCAGGCUCUGUCGGCGUACUUCUUCUAUGGCGUUCCCCCGAAGGAAUCCAGUUUCCUUAUCAAUGCUCUCCUAAUCCACCACUACAAACGUGGUGCUUACUACCCACGAGGGGGCGCCAGUGAGAUUGCCUUUAACAUUAUUCCUGUCAUAGAGCAGGCGGGGGGGAAGGUGCUGGUCAGAGCUCCUGUGCAACGAAUUCUACUGAACCAGCAGGGGGAGGCCUGUGGUGUGACGGUGCUGAAGGGACAGGGGGAAAUUGAGGUCCACGCCCCUGUCGUCAUCUCCAACGCCGGCAUCUUCAACACCUUCCAGAAGUUUCUUCCUCGACAUGUUCAGGAAACUCCAGAGGUGCGGUCUCUGCUGGGUAUGGUGCGCCAUGGUAUGGGUUCCUUCCUGGUCUUUGUUGGUCUGGAUGGAACCAAGGAGGAACUGGACAUUGUCUCCACAAACUUCUGGAUGUACAAGGACAAUGACUUGGACGUGCUAAUGGAGAGAUACACUUCCCUGAGCAGAGAUCAGGUUCUAGGAAACAUUCCCAUGAUGUUCAUCACCUUCCCGUCUGCUAAAGAUCCCACGUCCAACAUCAGGCAUCCAGGUAAAUCCUGCAUGACUUUACUCACCAUGGCCCGCUACGAGUGGUUCGAGGAGUGGGAAGGAAGCAAACUGGGCCGAAGAGGUCAAGAUUAUCUGGAUCUGAAAAACGCUAUGGCCCAAGAGCUGCUGGACUGGGCACUCAUCAUCUUCCCACAGCUGCGGGACAAGGUGGUGAUGGUGGACGCUGCUACUCCGCUAACAAACUGCCACUACCUGGGCGCUCCCCGGGGUGAGAUGUACGGGGCUGAACACAACCUGGAGCGGGUCAGCCCUGAAACGGUGGCCAGGACACGUUCGCAGACCCCAGUGGGUGGGCUGUACCUGACAGGUCAGGAUGUGUUCUGUAACGGCCUGGCCGGAGCCGUGCACGGUGGCCUGCUGUGCGCCUCCGCCGUGCUCAACCAGAUCCUCUACAUCGACCUCCUGAGUCUGAAGAAAAAGCUCAAACACGGGGAGAAAGGUUUUAGAUUUUUCCCCUUUUAAAAAGUCUGUCAACUGUCGAGCACCGAGCCGACGAACAAACAGCUGAAAGAUGAGGUUUUAUUUGGAUUCAGUUGUUUCUCUGUGACAGACUUCAAUAUUAAAAUCUUCUCACCGUCACACAGCGAGUGUUGUCGUCUGGUUCUUACAGUGUUGGUCGUAUUUCUUGUGUCUCUUACAUGAUAUGUAUGGAAAAUAUUGAUGACUCAAAUAAUAAACCACUACUCCACCUGU